AUAUCAAAAAAUAUAACAGGCCAGAGAUAAAAUAUUAUUUCAGGUCUGAAACAAAGAAAAUCCGAAAGGGGGAAAAAGGAAAAAUAAAUGCUGCUUCGUCCUCCCUGCUUAGCAGUUGCGGUCCGACCACUCCCCCUCUUCCGUCGUCGCCGGACGAGAUUCGGUUUGAAAUGUGAAUUUGGAGUCAUGGGUCGUGAAUCCCUCACUUCGAAAGCCGCUAAUUUUCGAAUCUGCAACGUGUCCGGCUGUGCCACCGAAUUGCUCGAAGUUCGAUCGGAAGAUCCUGCAUUGCAUGUUCUGUUCAUUCCUGGGAAUCCAGGUAUUGUUACAUAUUACAAGGACUUUGUUGAGUCGCUGUAUGAUCAGUUGGGAGGAAGUGCAUCUGUUACGGCUGUUGGCCACAUAUCCCAUUCCAAAAAGGACUGGGAGAAUGGAAGGUUCUUCUCAUUACAGGAGCAAAUUGACCAUAAGGUGGAAUUCAUGAGACAGGAAAUGCAAAAUUCCAGAACUCCUUUAUUACUGGUUGGGCACUCAAUUGGUUCAUAUAUCUCUAUGGAGAUCCUCCGGAAGUGCCCUGAGAAGGUCACGUAUUGUAUUGGACUAUAUCCAUUUCUGACAUUGAACCCAGGGUCCAUGAAGCAGUCUAUGAUUAAGAACAUUUCAGCGUCCUCCAUCAUCUGUGCAGCUGUGAGCCUUAUCGUAGCGUCAUUGGGUUCAUUGCCAAGUAGAUUUUCCAGGUUUAUUGUUGCAAACUCCCUUGGAAAAUCGUGGUCUCCAUUGGCUAUUAAGGCUACAUGCACUCAUUUACUGCAGUAUCAUACAAUGCGGAAUGUGCUCUUCAUGGCAAUGACGGAAUUUAAACAGCUUCCAGAAGUACCAGAUUGGGCAUUUCUGAGAGCAAACAGGGAAAAAAUUGCAUUUCUGUUUGGCCUUGAUGAUCACUGGGGCCCGCUGCAUGUGCUUGAAGAGAUAUCCAAGACGAUCCCUGAAAUUACUUUAGCAAUUGAAAGGGAGGGCCAUGCUCAUUCUUUCUGCUGCACAGAGGCUGGAUCAGUUUGGGUAGCUGAGCAUAUUGUGAGCUUGAUCAAAGCCAGGAUAUUGACUUCGAACCAACGGAUCUAAAUUCAACAAAAAGACCUUGAUCCGUGUGCAAGACAUUGGUUCUCCACCCCCUUCACAUGAAAAGAAGAGAGGGUACACCACAAUUCUUUUUCCCUGGUAUUGACUUCAAUUAUCAAGAUUUUGGUCUGGAAGCAUCUCCAGCCCCUUGACAUGGGAAGGAAAAGUGAUCAUAGGAGGCAUCGAUGACUGUUCAAGGACCACUUUAAGUUCACAGAUACUGCAGAGAAUAUGUGACCGGGCAUAAUGCACUGAUAUUGCAGAGAAUAUGGGACUAGGCAUAAUGCAAAUUAUGCAAUGACAUGGAAGGAUUCAGUAAAUUAGCUCUUUAAGGUUCUGCUAACCAUUUAAUUGGUUUGGCUGAUAAUUAAGGACACCCUUGCCGGUAAAACCAAUUUCACAGUGAUAUCAAGGAACUUGGGAUGGGAGUUCAUCGUUGUAGAGAAGGCACUUUAUGCAGGUUCGAGUCAGCUGUUUCAUUUGUUAAGUUGCUUUCUGGGACUUACUUUUUAUCACUGUUGAGGGAUAUAUGCAAGUGGGUUGGGCCAAUACAUUGUGUCUACGCCCCUCAACUCCAAUACCUGUACAUGCCGAAAUGGCUUGAUGUGCCUGUUCGAUGCCCUUGUGUCGGCACACGGUGUCUCAAGUAAUUGAACUGCUAUUGCAUUUGCCUGGUCUACUGUUAGAAAAAAGAAGAAAUAGAAAUCUUCAUAGAAUUCCUUUA